AGCAAACAUGAGUGGCCGAGGAAAGGGGGGUAAAGGACUCGGAAAAGGCGGCGCCAAGCGUCAUCGUAAGGUUCUCCGUGAUAAUAUCCAGGGCAUCACUAAACCCGCUAUUCGCCGCCUGGCUCGUCGUGGUGGUGUGAAGCGUAUCUCCGGUCUCAUUUAUGAGGAGACUCGCGGAGUGCUCAAGGUUUUCCUGGAGAACGUUAUCCGUGACGCUGUUACCUACACCGAGCACGCCAAGAGGAAGACCGUGACCGCCAUGGAUGUGGUGUAUGCUCUGAAGAGACAAGGCCGUACUCUGUACGGCUUUGGAGAGACCGCUCCCGUACCGGCCACCCCUCCGGCCAAAGCAAAGGCCCCCAGGAAGAAGGCCGCGGCCAAGAAGAAGGAGGGCCCCAGCCUCCAGAAGCUGAUCACCGGCGAGAUCGCCGCCUCCAAAGAGCGCAAAGGCGUCUCCGUGGCCGCUCUGAAGAAGGCUCUGGCCGCGAAGGGCGUGGAUGUGGCCAAGGCCAACAAGCGCAUCAACACCACCCUCAAGAAGCUGGUGACCUCUGGUGCCGUGAGUCAGACCAAGGGCACUGGCGCGUCCGGUUCCUUCAAACUGGCCAAGACCGAGGCCAAGCCCAAGACCGUGAAGAAGAAGGCCGUCGCCAAGCCUAAGAAGCCCGCGGCCAAGAAAGCAGCGAGCCCCAAGAAGAAGGCGGCCGUCAAGAAACCCGCAGCCAAGAAGCCCAAGUCCCCGGCCAAGAAAGCGGCGAAGAAGGCGGCGCCCAAGAAAGCAGCGGCUAAAAAGCCCGCCAAGAGCCCCAAAAAAGCGGCGCCCAAGAAGCCCAAGGCGGUGAAGAAGAGCCCCAAGAAGGCCCCCGCCAAGAAGGCCGCCCCUAAGAAGGCCAAAAAAGCAGAGGAAAUGGCCAGAACCAAGCAGACCGCGCGUAAAUCCACCGGAGGAAAGGCUCCCAGGAAGCAGCUCGCCACCAAGGCUGCCCGUAAGAGCGCCCCGGCCACCGGCGGUGUUAAGAAGCCUCACCGUUACAGGCCCGGCACAGUGGCUCUCAGAGAGAUCCGUCGUUAUCAGAAAUCCACCGAACUGCUGAUCCGCAAGCUGCCCUUCCAGCGCCUCGUCAGAGAGAUCGCCCAGGACUUCAAGACCGACCUGCGCUUCCAGAGCUCUGCCGUCAUGGCUCUGCAGGAGGCCAGCGAGGCCUACCUGGUGGGUCUGUUCGAGGACACCAAUCUGUGCGCUAUCCACGCCAAGAGGGUCACCAUCAUGCCCAAGGACAUCCAGCUGGCCCGCCGCAUCCGCGGAGAGAGGGCUUAAGCCGACCUGUCCCUGACCCCCA